UCCAAAGAAGCUUCCCCCAAUCCUCUAGAAUGCCCCUUGACCUCAUUGCUCCUCUGCCUGGAGGCUGCUUCACCCUAAAGCGUUGGAAAGGAUUCCCCCUCACUCUGCAGAUAAGUUAUUCCUGCCAGCCUGCUUCCACAAGGCCUCGCCUGUCAGUGCAGUACCUGGCGGCUGAGUGAGCAGUGUGCAGCAUGUGCCAGGUGGUUGCAUUUCUGGUCAUGGUCAUGGGAACAUACACCCUCAGUUGGCAGCUCCAACAGGAAGGCACCCGCCAGCCCAGCUGCUGCUCCAGUAAAAGGCAGGACCCCUCCGAGGAGUGGCUCAAGUGGAACACUGUGCUGUCUCCCCCGGAGGCCGCCAGCCUCACCCACCACCCCUCCUCUGCCCCAGAGUCCUGCCGGGCCAGCGAGGAUGGACCCCUCCACAGCAGGGCCAUCUCCCCCUGGAGAUAUGAGUUGGACAGGGACUUGAAUCGGCUGCCCCAGGACCUGUACCACGCCCGCUGCCUGUGCCCACACUGCGUCAGCCUGCAGACGGGCUCCGACAUGGACCCCCUGGGCAACUCAGAGCUGCUCUACCACAAACAGACCGUCUUUUACCGGCGGCGGUGUCCUGGCGGGCAGGGGGCCCCUGUGGGCUACUGCCUGGAGCGCAGACUCUACCGCGUCUCCUUGGCUUGCGUGUGUGUGCGGCCACGUGUGAUGGCCUAG